GAGGGAAAAAUCCUCGGAGCGGCGCCGCUGAUGUGUGUCUGUCACCGCCGCUUUAUUCGAUAAAAUCAGCCUCUCGUCGCCUGAUUCGACAGUAUUCCUGUCUUCAGCGGACUCUGGUCGCACCGUGAGCGGCGGCAGCUCGGUUUGACUCGGUUGUUCGGUCGUUUGUGAGGUUUAUCAGCGGAAUGAGCGCCCCGGAGUGUCUGGAUCGAGUGGAGCUGUGUGAGAGUCUCCUCACCUGGAUCCAGACGUUCGGUGUGGACGCGCCGUGUUCAGCGGUGGACGAGAUGACCAGCGGAGUGGCCAUAGCACAAGUCCUGCAGAAGAUAGAUGGCAUGUAUUUCACUGACGCUUGGAUCAGUCGUAUCAAACCUGAUGUUGGAGAUAACUGGAGGUUAAAGAUCAGCAAUUUAAAGAAGAUAUUGAAAGGUAUUCUGGAUUACAACCAUGAGGUGUUGGGGCAGCAGAUCAAUGACUUCACUCUUCCAGACGUCAGUCUCAUCGCAGAGCAUUCAGAUGCAGCAGAACUGGGCCGAAUGUUGCAGCUCAUCCUGGGCUGUGCUGUCAACUGUGAACAGAAGCAGGAAUAUAUCCAGACCAUCAUGAUGAUGGAGGAGUCUGUGCAGCACGUGGUCAUGACGGCCAUCCAGGAGCUGAUGAGUAAAGAGACGCCCGUGUCCUCAGGGAGCGACUCGUUCGUGGAUCUGGACCGGCAGCUGAAGAAGACGGUGGAGGAUCUAAACGACGCUCUGGCCACUAAAGAGGAGAUCGCUCAGAGAUGUCACGAGCUGGACAUGCAGGUGGCGGCGCUCCAGGAGGAGAAGAGCAGUCUUCUGGCUGAGAACCAGGUUCUGAUGGAGCGGCUCAACCAGUCGGACUCCAUCGAGGAUCUGAACAGUCCGGCGGGACGCAGACACCUGCAGCUUCAGGCGCAGCUGGAGCAGCUUCAGGAGGAGACCUUCAGGACGAGCGCUCUGGACGAGUCUCAGCUGAGCUGGCAGUGUCUGUCUCUGCCGUCUCGGCUCCAGUGGAGAUUGGAGGCGGCUAAAGACGAUUACCGCAUCCGCUGCGAGGAGCUGGAGAAGGAGCUGAUGGAGGUCAGAGGUCAGAACGAGGAGCUGACCUCUCUGGCCGAGGAGGCGCAGUCGCUCAAAGACGAGAUGGACGUGCUGAGGCACUCGUCUGAUAAGGUGUCGAAGCUGGAGGCGCAGGUGGAGGCGUAUAAGAAGAAGCUGGAGGAUCUGGGUGAUCUGAGGCGGCAGGUGAAGCUGCUGGAGGAGAAGAACACCAGCUACAUGCAGAACACGGUGACGCUGGAGGAAGAUCUGCGCAAGGCCAACGCUGCUCGAGGACAGCUGGAGACCUACAAGAGACAGGUGGUGGAGCUUCAGAACAAGCUCUCCGAGGAGUCCAAGAAAGCAGACAGGAUGGAGUUUGAGUAUAAACGAGUCAAGGAGAAAGUGGACUCUCUUCAGAAGGAGAAAGAUCGCUUGAGGACGGAGCGAGACUCUCUGAAGGAGACGAUUGAGGAGCUGAGGUGUGUUAAAGCUCAAGAGUCUCAGCUGACGUCAGGUUUGGUGCCGCUCAGCAGUAACGAGCCGUCUGAUUCGCUGGCCGCUGAGAUCGUCACACCAGAGAUUCGGGAGCGUCUGAUUCGCCUGCAGCAUGAGAACAAGAUGCUGAAACUGGCUCAGGAGGGAUCAGAUAACGAACAGAUCGCUCUGCUGCAGAGUUUACUGGAGGACGCCAACAGCAGGAAGAACGAGCUGGAGACGGAGAACAGGCUGGUGAAUCAGAGGCUGCUGGAGGGUCAGUCUCAGGUGGAGGAGCUGCAGAAGUCUCUUCAGGAACACGGAUCCAAAGCAGAAGAUGAUACGGUCCUGAUGAAGAGGAAGUGUCAGGAACAUCUGGACAAAUUAAGCGACGCCACUAACGAACUUCAGAAGAAGAGCACCGCGAUUGAAGAGCUGGAGAACAAACACACUUCCAGCAUUCAGAAGAUUGAAGAGCUGGAGGACGCACUGAAGAAGAAGGAUGAAGAUAUGAAACAGAUGGAGGAGAGAUACAAGAAAUACCUGGAGAAAGCCAAGAGUGUCAUUCGUACGCUGGACCCCAAACAGAAUCAGGGUUCUGCUCCUGAGGUUCAGGCUCUGAAGAACCAGCUGCAGGAGCGAGAGAGGAUGAUGCACACACUCGAGAAGGAGUAUGACAAGACGAAGACUCAGAGAGACCAGGAGGAGAAACUCAUCGUAUCUGCCUGGUACAACAUGGGGAUGGCGCUGCAGAAGAAGGCGGCUGAGGACCGGCUGGCCAGCACGGGUUCGGGUCAGUCUUUCUUGGCGCGGCAGAGACAGGCCACCAGCACCCGCCGGGUGUAUCCGGGCCACGUGCAGCCCACCGCAGCCAGGUAGAGCGUCGCCACGGCAACCCUCGCCGCAGCAAAUCAGGACGCCCGACUCCACCCCCUACCCCCCCCCAUCCUUGCUGUCUUAAUAUGCUCCGCCUCUCCACUGAUCUGACCAGUCGGGUUAUCCGGACACGCCCACUUUAACCUAUCAGCAUUAAUGAAUGAACACACUCAAAGGAGGCUUUGCAGUAUUUUAAGGGUUGUUACUGACACACAGUGUUUUAUUUGCUCUUAGACUGGUCUAAGUUGCUGUUCCCUCUCUCUAUUCUAAUUCUCUUUAUUCUUCUUUAAUAUCUAUGCAUUGAAAGAGAGAAUGUUGCACCUAACAUGAUGUUUAUUUAAACGCGUCGCUCUGUUGUUUCUUCCAGGGUGCUUUCUGUUGCUUGUUUUGUUGAUUUCUUCCCAAUGCCUUAAUGCAGACUCACCGCUGCUGACUGACACCUGUCAAUCUCUCUCUUUCACAGUGACGUUAAAGCAUGAGCGGCAGGGGGCGGGGCUGCAUGCCAUCAGGGGCGGGGCUGCUGAUGUCAGGGGGCGGGGCUGCAUGACUGCGUGUGAUUUGAGUUCAUGCUGCUGAAUUUAACCCAUCGCUGCACACUAACUAACCCAGAUUGCUAACCGCUGUCCUCCCGAUCAGAAGUGGGCGGGGCCGGUGCCUGUCAAUCAUGCUGUCGGCGAGAGCUCGGCCGCCGGACGCUUACGCUUUAAAGACGGAUGAACUCCGACAUGUUUUCAUUUUAGUCGCAUCAUUGUGGAGUGAUCAGUAUUUUCUGUAGUCUAUGCUCAUCAUACCUUCAGCGUCUGGAUGCUGGACGUGUUUCAGUAGAAUCAGUGUGAGAAUGACAGUGUUGCAUCCGCUCCUUCUGUUUGUGUUAAUGCUUUGAUGAUGAUGAUGAUGAUGAUUCUGACACAAUGUUACAAACCACAGCAGUACAUAUUCUGACAUUUAAACCUGCUCUGCUGCUUCUCUUCUUCAGCUGUUACUAAGUAUUCAUGUAAUAACGCACAGCGAUUGCCGGACGGUAUAUAUUUUACUCCUGCAGUGUUCUUGUGUGGGUUUUAACAGGCGAUCGAAUGUGUUUCUCAUGAGUUCAGAGGUCAAACACAACCGUCCAUGAGCAGAGAAACACCUGAUCGAUACUUCAGUCGUGAUCUGUGCGAUUGAACAUUCGUCUGAAGUAGCAAAUAUUCGUUCCAUUUGCCAAGUUUUAUAUUGCUUGUAUACAAUAUGUACAUACUGUAUGUGUGUGCGGCCUGCGGAAGUGGGUAGAUGCGUUUCAUAAUGUGUCUCCAUUCACACUCUGUUGAUGAAUCUGUGCUUCCAACGCUGCAAGACUGUACAGUUGUUAUUCAAGUUGUAAAUAAAGCUUGUAAAAAACA